CCAACCGUUGACCGAGAGGUCCGAGUCUCCGACCGUCGUCUUCCUCUGUUCCUCACCCACCACAAUCCACAAUCCACAAUCCACAAAGGGCAGUCCUGAACCGGAGCUAUGCAUCUCAUUUUUGGAGUUGCCGGAUCUCAAAAUCUCUAGCCACUGUUAGUGUUACUUCCUCGCAGGAUCAGUCUGCUCUACCCAUCGAUUGCCGUGACACGUCGAUACCGACGGCCUCAAAUUGAUGUCGUUGGAGCUGCAGGAAGCUUGUUGUCUCGGCUUAUUUACUGUUUUAUUUUAGGGAUCCAUGUUUGUUAUAAGGCAGCAAGAAGGUACCUACCUGUUCAAGAGACUUUUCUGCUAUAAAAUCCUAUUCUUUACCCCUGUCCUAAUGGAUCUCCCUGAAAAGAAGCUUACUGACUUCAUCAAAGGCAGUGAAAAGGCAAAAUGGAUACCAGUCAACAAUCAUAAUGUAAACAACUUCACAGAAGAUGAGAUUAAAAGGAUAACUAACAAUUACAGCACUCCCAUUGGCCAAGGUGGCUUUGGACAAGUUUACCGAGGUUCUCUUGAUGAUGGUACUACUGUUGCAGUAAAGAAAUACAUCUGCCAGAAUGUGAAAGAUGGAUUUGCUAAAGAGUUAAUCGUCCAUUGCCAAAUCAACCACAAGAACGUAGUCAGGCUCUUGGGCUAUUGUUCUGAGGAUGAUGCGUUAAUGAUUGUAACUGAGUAUGUUCCUGGGGGAAAUCUCAAAGAUCUCCUUCAUGGCAGUGAUGCUCCCAUUUCUCUGGAUGCAAGGUUGUGUAUUGCUAUAGAAUGUGCAGAUGCUUUAGGAUACAUGCAUUCAUCCAUGUACCAACCGAUGAUUCACGGUGAUAUCAAACCUGAUAACAUACUUCUCGACAAUAAUUUGGGUGCAAAAUUGUCUGACUUUGGAUUAUCGAGGUUACUUUCCAUGCACCAAUCUCAAUACACCAAGAAUGUAAUAGGCAGCAGAGGUUACAUGGAUCCAGAAUAUUUGGAGACUGGGCUCCUUGAUCCAAAGAGUGAUGUUUACAGUUUUGGGAUUGUUCUCUUGGAACUAAUUACCAGAGCCAAGGCAAGCGAAAAUGGGUUUGGUACUCGCCUGAAAAGGAACUUCACUGAUGCUCUUGGAAAAGGAAAGCAGGAGGCACGGAAGAUGUUUGACAAUAAGAUAGCAAACGAGAGAGACAUUGAGAUUCUUGACGAAAUCGGAAAUCUGGCAGCACAGUGCUUCACAAAAGAUAUCAUGGAACGCCCUGAAAUGAAAGAGGUUCUGGUGAGCCUGCAUAUGCUUAGAAGAUCCCUUCGCAGUGGGAAAGCUCAAGAAAAAAUAGGUCAACACCAAUCGUCGGGAACGCAGGCGAUAACACAAAAGGUCGACAAUCAUGGCUCAAGUAUUCCCAGAUCCAGCUCCAACUCAAGUGUAACCUACAAGUUCAGCAACCUAGACAUCUUCAAUAGGAAAUCACGCAUGUCCAAGAGUUUUGGUGGUUCAAUACUGGAAGCUGUUGGCAUAACUAUUUUCACCUUAAAAGAACUCGAAAGGAUUACCCGCGGCUAUUCGCAUUGUAUUUCCAAGGAUCAUACUGGUUUCGUCUACAAGGGAUGUAUCAAGAACCAAGAUGUUGCAGUGAAGAGGUUGUUGUUAUUUUGGGACAUAACAUUUGAGAAAAAUGGUUUUGUUGACACCAUGUCAUUUGCAUUUAAGGUUCGCCAUAAGAAUAUCAUCAGUCUAGUGGGCUGUUGCUUGGAGAUGGAACGUCCUCUGUUGGUAUACGAGUUUCCCCCCAGUAAGAGCCUGCACGAGGUUCUGCAUUGUUAUAAUGGUACUCUCUCACUUGAUCUACGCCUACGUAUUGCAAUUGGAUCCGCAGAGGCAUUGGCGUAUUUGUGCUCCUUCCAAAAGUUCCAUGGCAAUGUCACAUCUACAUGUAUAAUGCUAGAUCACGAUCUUCUGCCAAAGGUUGAUAUUAUUUGUGGACCCCUGAUAAGCCACAGUAUAGGUUUGAAAUUCGAUACCAUAUUAGCAUACCUUGACCCAGUUUACUUGAAGACUGGGUGCUUAACAUCAAAGACUGAUGUUUACUCUUUCGGAAUUGUGCUCUUGGAACUAAUCACCAGAAAGCAGCCAAGACACAGCCCCCUGAUUGAAUAUAUUGGAGCUUGCGGGGAUGAAAAUGGGAGUUGGAUAGCCAUGGUUGACGCGGAGAUUAUUGUAGUCGAAGGGAACUUGCUUAUCCUGGAAGAGAUGGGCAAGUUGGCAGUGCAGUGUUUCAGGGAAGAUGCAGACGAACGACCAGAAAUGGUGGAGGUGGUGCGACGCCUUGAGAACCUAAGAUACAGGCUGCAGGACGCCACGGCCCUCUCAUGCCGAUGAGUAGAUAACAGUUAGCAGGAGAGGCUACUAAUUGAUGCAGCAAAUAUUUCUCUAUAGUAUUAUUGUGAAUGGUGAAAGAAAUUUCCUCUGUUGGUAUAUGAGUUCGAUCUGGAUGUUUUCUCGUCACAAUGUGCUUUCUUGUUUCACUGCUGUACUUUUAAAUAAAGAUGAAUCUGAAACUACAGAUUAUUCUCACUGCAAUUCUCAAGUGAACAUUUGUAAGCGAAACGACAGAUCGCUGGAAUUCUAUUAUCAAGACUGCCAGUACCCCAGUA